AUGCAGACAGCUUAUCAAUUUCCUCCAGCAAUUUUGUUAGUUCACUUUCUCAUGGCCUGCUUGGCUAUGGCAACAACCAAUAUUACCAUGGAUCAAUCUUCUCUUCUCACCUUCAAAGCCCACAUGAAUUUAGAGCCUUCACACAUUUUAUCCAAUAAUUGGUCGGUUUCUACUUCUGUUUGUAAAUGGAUUGGAGUUACAUGUGAUAUUCUCAACCACAGAGUGACCGCUUUGGAUAUUUCUAGCAUGAAUCUUACUGGAAACAUACCUCCACAAUUGGGAAAUCUGCCAUUUCUUGAUUCUCUCAACUUGAGCAGAAACGAUUUUCAGGGGAGUCUGCCUCGAGAUUUUAUUCAACUUCAACGACUAAGAAUAGUUGAUUUCGGGUUCAAUAGUUUGAGUGGACAAAUUCCAUCUUGGUUUGGUUUCUUACCUAAAUUACAAGUGCUGUAUCUUAGAAAUAACAGUUUUACUGGCCUCAUUCCACCUUUCCUGUCUAAUAUAUCCACUCUUCAGGAUUUGGAUCUCUCUUUCAAUCCUUUACAAGGGAAAAUCCCAGAAGAGAUUGGAGAUCUUCAUGACUUGAGAACACUAAAAUUACAGUAUAACAGGCUCUCUGGUGUGAUACCUUCGGCGAUUUUCAACAUAUCGACACUGGAAAUUCUAGCCUUAACAGGGAACAACUUAUCUGGUGAAAUUCCUUCUAGUCUAUCAGAAUGUUCACAACUUCAGCUUCUUGAUUUAUCAUACAACAAGUUCAGUGGAUCCAUACCAGGAGAAAUUAGUAACUUAAAAACACUUGAGAUUCUUCGUCUCAGAUCAAACUAUUUGACAGGUGCAAUCCCACAAGAACUGGGUAACCUUCGGAACGUGGCGAGGUUAGCUAUUGGAGGAAAUUUUCUCACAGGUUCUAUACCAGCCAGUAUCUUUAACAUUUCCUCACUGAAAUAUCUUGAUAUUUCAAGUUGUAACCUGUCUGGUACUCUCCCAACAAAUAUGUGCACUGAUGGAACCCACCUUGAAGUUGUUUAUUUGCAUCUUAAUCAAUUAUAUGGCCAACUCCCAACAAGAAUACAUCAAUGCUCAAAACUUCAGAUCUUAUCAUUAACCAACAAUUCUUUUAGUGGACAAAUUCCAAGAGAGAUUGGGAAUUUAACCUUGCUUACUGCACUAUAUGCUUCUACUAACAAAUUAACAGGUGUCAUCCCACAAGAAAUUGGCAAUCUUUACAAUUUGGAGUAUCUUGAUUUGGGCCAUAAUUACUUAGGUGGUUCCAUGCCAACGGGAUUCUUCAAUCUUUCAAAAUUAAUUUUAGUUACACUUUCACAUAAUCAACUGUCAGGCAACCUUCCGGUGAGUUUUGGUUACGGACUACCAAAUCUUGAAGAACUCUACAUGACUGUAAAUAGUUUCAGCGGAAGAAUACCUGAUUCCAUCUCAAACUCUUCUAAACUCAGUAUAAUAAACUUUUCUUUCAACAAUUUUACUGGACAAAUAUCCAACUCUUUUGGCGAGUUGAGAUUCCUCGAAAUUCUGUACUUGAACGGGAACAAUUUGACUAGUGCUUCUCCAGAAUUGAGCUUCAUCUCUUCAUUGACAAACUGUAGAUUUUUAAGAACUUUGAGUGUUAAUGGAAAUCCUUUGAGUGGGAUUCUUCCGGCUUCUGUUGGGAAUAUGUCCAGUUCUCUUCGAUUUCUUUAUGCUGUUAAUUGUGAUCUGCGUGGCACCAUUCCAUACGAAAUUGGAAACUUGAGCAAUUUAAUAGAUUUGAGCCUAUUUCAAAAUCACUUGACAGGAUUGAUACCAUCAACUGUGAGAAAUAUGAGAAGUCUUCAAGCAUUAGUUAUUUUCGGCAAUAAGCUAAGUGGAUCUAUUCCUGUAUCCAUUUGCGAGUUAGAGAAUCUGUAUGGAUUAUUGCUGCAGCAGAAUCAAAUGUCUGGUUCAAUUCCAGGCUGUAUAGGGAAUCUUACUACUCUGUAUUAUCUUUAUUUAGAUUCCAAUAGAUUCAUCUCUGGCAUACCUGUGAAUCUAUGGCAGCUUAAAAAUCUUCUAGAGCUAAAUCUUUCUUCAAAUCUCUUGAGUGGCUUUAUCCCCCCUGAAAUCGGAAAUUUGAAGGUUGCAAACCUGGUUGAUCUGUCAGUGAAUCAGUUCUCAGGCAUUAUUCCAAGCACGGUUGGAGGAUUACAGAAGUUGGUUAAUCUUUCUUUGGCAAAUAACAAAUUGCAAGGAUCAAUUCCCGACUCAAUUGGUAAUAUGCUAAACCUGGAGGAUCUUGAUAUAUCCCACAACAAUCUUUCGGGUAUGAUACCCACGUCCUUGGAAGCACUUCAAUAUCUUACAUAUUUGAAUGUUUCUUUCAAUCGUUUGAGUGGUGAAAUUCCUUCUGGUGGUCCUUUCAAAAACUUCAUGAAUCAAUCUUUCAUGUUCAACGAAGGACUAUGUGGUGAUCCAAGAUACAAUGUCCCACCAUGUCGAACAAUUUCUAAUAAACGAUCAAAGAGAAAAACAAUGCUUCAAGGUGUUUUUAUUAUGUUAGGGACAUUAGCAUUGAUACUUUUUCUAGCUUUGACAUAUGCUUUUGUGAGAUAUAGAAGGAAAUAUAAUGUCCUAACUGAAACAGACCUUUUGUCUACCAUAAUACCAUUAAGAGUCUCAUAUUAUGAAAUUUUCGAAGCAACUGAUGGUUAUAGUGAGAGUAAUUUGCUUGGUACUGGAAGCUUUGGAUCUGUGUAUAGAGGGACUCUUAAAAUGGGAAAAGAUGUGGCUAUAAAGGUGUUCAAUUUGCAACUACAAAAUGCAUUCAAGAGUUUUGAGGUAGAAUGUGAAGUAUUCCGCAAUCUUCGCCAUCGAAAUCUGUGUAAAGUCGUAAGCUCUUGCUCUAAUCUAGACUUUAAGGCCUUGGUAUUGGACUACAUGUCAAAUGGAAGCCUUGAGAAGUGGUUGUAUUCACAUAACUACUACUUGGAUAUGAAGCAGAGAAUCAGCAUUAUGAUAGACGUAGCAGCCGCAUUGGAGUAUCUCCACCAUGAUUACUCAACACCUAUAAUACACUGUGAUUUGAAGCCAAGUAAUGUACUGUUGGAUGAUGAUAUGGUCGCCCACUUGAGUGAUUUUGGAAUCGCGAAGUUAUUGUGUCAAGGAGAAUGCGUUGCACACACUGUUACCCUAUCAACGAUGGGUUAUAUUGCACCAGAAUAUGGAUCGAGAGGAUUAGUGUCGACAAGCUGCGAUGUGUACAGCUAUGGGAUCAUGUUGAUGGAAGUUUUUACGAGAAUGAAACCAAGCGAUGAAACAUUUUCUGGAGAUUUGAGCCUAAGAAGCUGGGUAUAUGGUAACGUGCCGAAUGCUGUGUUUCAAAUAAUAGAUUCCAACUUAUUGAGUUCGGACGAAGAUCAUUUCCAUGAAAAGUUGGAUUGUUUAUGUUCCAUUAUGGAAUUGGCUUUGAAUUGCUCCAUGGAAAGUUCCAAGGAGAGGAUUAACAUGAAGAAUGUCGUUGCAACAUUGAAGAAGAUCCAAAACCAGCUUCUAGCGUAUUAUGCAUAG